GGCCGGGCUCCGCUUUUAAGAUGGCGUCUCCUCAGGGGGGCCAGAUUGCGAUCGCGAUGAGGCUGCGGAACCAGCUCCAGUCAGUGUACAAGAUGGACCCGCUACGGAACGAGGAGGAGGUGCGCGUGAAGAUCAAAGACCUGAACGAGCACAUCGUCUGCUGCCUGUGCGCCGGCUACUUCGUGGACGCCACGACCAUCACCGAGUGUCUCCAUACGUUCUGCAAAAGUUGCAUCGUGAAGUACCUGCAGACCAGCAAGUACUGCCCUAUGUGUAACAUCAAGAUCCACGAGACACAGCCCCUGCUCAACCUCAAGUUGGACCGGGUCAUGCAGGACAUCGUGUACAAGCUGGUGCCUGGCCUGCAGGACAGCGAAGAGAAACGGAUUCGGGAGUUCUACCAGUCAAGGGGUUUGGACCGGGUCACCCAGCCCAGUGGGGAAGAGCCAGCCCUCAGCAACCUUGGCCUGCCCUUCAGCAGCUUCGACCACUCGAAGGCCCACUACUACCGUUACGACGAGCAGCUGAGCCUGUGCCUGGAACGGCUGAGUUCUGGCAAAGACAAGAAUAAAAGUGUCCUGCAGAACAAAUACGUCCGGUGUUCUGUGCGAGCGGAGGUCCGCCACCUCCGGAGGGUCCUGUGUCAUCGCCUGAUGCUCAGCCCCCAGCACGUGCAGCUGCUCUUCGACAACGAAGUCCUCCCCGACCACAUGACCAUGAAACAGAUCUGGCUGUCCCGCUGGUUCGGCAAGCCGUCUCCUUUGCUCUUACAGUACAGUGUAAAAGAGAAGAGGAGGUAGGGGCCAAGCCCCUGCUCCCCCACCCCCUCCCGCCCUCCCCAGAUAUUUAUGUAAAAUGAACUGUGGCUUUAUUUUUUGAAAUAAAAACUUUUAAAAA